UGAGGGAAGAGCUCGCGCCAGGUAAGACUCGGCCGAGAGUCUCGGGGCUUGGCGGCCCGGCUCUUUCCGCGUAGACUGGGACGUGUGUCGGGCUUCCGCACGGCCGCUUCGGGGGCCUUAGAAGGCGGGCGGAAUUUGAGGUAGACGCUGCGCCGUCAUCAUGGGCAAGGGGGACCCCAACAAGCCGCGGGGCAAGAUGUCCUCGUACGCCUUCUUCGUGCAGACCUGCCGGGAGGAGCACAAGAAGAAGCAUCCCGACUCGUCGGUCAACUUCGCCGAGUUCUCGAAGAAAUGUUCGGAGAGAUGGAAGACCAUGUCUGCCAAGGAAAAGUCGAAGUUUGAGGAUUUGGCCAAGAGCGACAAAGCUCGUUAUGACAGGGAGAUGAAGAACUAUGUUCCUCCCAAAGGUGAUAAGAAAGGAAAGAAAAAAGAUCCAAAUGCUCCCAAGAGACCACCGUCUGCCUUCUUCCUGUUUUGCUCUGAACAUCGCCCAAAGAUCAAAAGUGAACACCCCGGCCUGUCUAUUGGAGAUACUGCAAAGAAACUGGGGGAGAUGUGGUCUGAGCAAUCUGCCAAAGAUAAACAACCGUAUGAGCAGAAAGCAGCUAAACUAAAGGAGAAGUAUGAAAAGGAUAUUGCUGCAUACCGUGCCAAGGGCAAAAGUGAAGUAGGAAAGAAGGGUCCUGGUAGGCCAACAGGCUCAAAGAAGAAGAAUGAACCAGAAGAUGAGGAAGAGGAGGAGGAGGAGGAAGAUGAUGAAGAUGAAGAGGAGGAAGAUGAGGAUGAAGAAUAAGUAUCUGUCCUAAAGUGUGGAGUAUAUGUGCUCAGGCAAUUAUUUUGCUAAGAAUGUGAAAUUCAAGUGCAGCUCAACAUUAGCUUCAGUAUAAAAACUGUACAGAUUUUUGUAUAGCUGAUGAGAUUCUUUGUAGAGAAAAUACUUUUUAAAAAGGGUUUGUAGCUUUUUCAGGGGCUACAACGUACAGUUAGAUUUAAAGCUUUUGAUGUUGAAUGUUUCUAAAUAUUUAAUGGUUUCUUUAAUUUCUUAUGAUAGCAAAAAAAAAACUUCAUAGGAAUUUGUAUUACCAGUAAAAGAAUUUUUUUUUUUAGGAUGUUGCAUUUUUGUUUUUUUUAAAUUUGUAAUAAAAUAAUGUAUAUUA